AUGGGCGAAGAAGACGAUGUGUUCAAAAGAGUCGAAGUGGCGAGCCCGGCUCAUGACACAUUUCACCAAAUGCAUACAUUCAGCGGCAGCUACAAGUCGAAAACUCUCUCCACCUCAUCGUCGAUUGAUUCAAUUCGAAGCGAGGAUUUUCGAAGAAAACGUUUAAGCAUGCCGAUGAUGUAUCAAAUGUACGAAAGUCAAUAUGACGAUCUUCGUGGGACGAUUUGCGGGCCAGAAAGUCCGGAUUUCUUCCCAGUGCAAGCCAGUGAAACCCUCAGAAAAGCACUUUCUGGAAUUGACACAAACGAUCAAGUAAUCAUCGACACAAUCCUUUCGCAUUCGAAUUUCCAACGACAGAAGAUCCUGAAUGCGUAUGAGGAUAUGUACGAAAGGAAUCUUCUCGAUGAUCUCGAAGAAGAGACAGGCGGUUUCUUUCUUGAAAUGGCGUUAGCGCUUUUUAAGCCAGCACACAAGCUCGACACGCAAUUGCUUUAUAAAAGUAUUUCCAAUCGUUACGGAGAUCGCUCGAUUGCAGUUGAGAUCGCUUGUACUCGAUCGACGAAACAACUCAAAGUGAUCCGCGAGAGUUAUCUGGCUGAUUACAGGAAAACAUUGGAGAAAGAUCUAUCGGUGAAGGUGGAGGGGAUUUUCGGGAAAAUGUUGUCUCUACUUUUGUGCAAACCGAGAGACGAGCACGGGAAACGAAUCGAUGAGGAUUUAGUGGCAAAACACGCGACAUUGCUGGCUAGGAACACAGUUGAAGAGUUGGCGAAAAACUUGCAGACAUUCGAGGAGAUUUUCGUGCAACACACGUGGAGACACAUUGCGGCUGUGCUUGAUGCGGCCGACGAAAUGAUCACGAAAGAAAGAGAGAAAGAUUUGGAAACGCUGAUUCGAAAGAAUAAGAAUAUUCAUUCAGAGAUUCGGCAGAUGUUCUUGACAAUUUUGAGAGUCGCCCGAAAUGAGCAACUCUAUUUCGCGGAAAAAGUGCGAAGUGCUCUUUCGGGUGAUCGGCCGGAUCAUGGGACGGUGAUUCGAAUUGUCGUGACGAGAUCUGAGAUCGAUCUGGCUGACAUUGUUGAAGAGUACAAAAGGAAAUACCAUCGUCCACUUGACAUUGACACAUCACAGACUUGUUCCGGUGAUUAUCUCCGUCUUCUCACCGCUCUCAUCACUGGAAAUGCGAGCUAUCAUCGA